AUGGCAUGUGACACGAAAUGCCCCACUGGAUAUUGGCUUUAUGGGAACUGUUCGCGUGGACAACCAUUGGAAUGUAAACGUUGUUCUGAUGGCUGUCCUCCUGGAAUGUAUAUUGCUCGGCCUUGCACACCACACAGUGAUCUAGUUUGUAGAGCGUGUAGACCGCUGUGCAUUUCGGAGGAAUUUGAAUUCACUCCAUGCAAAGGCUCAAGCAAUCGUGAAUGUAGAAGAAAGGAUAUAAUUCCCGAUUUAGUGAUUCCUCACAAACGUCGGGUUUGGUUUGAGGACCAACGGAAGGUCAAGGAUGUGUCGUUUAUUCUUACGGCGGAAACAUUGAGACGACUUCCAGUCAAUCGAACUAUUGUACUUAAUCGUGGCUCGGGAUAUCAAGUUCAACUUGAAUUUGAGACUGUUCAACUUGAACCCAUCCUUCAACCCGUGAAUCAUUCAUCGAGCAAUGACAAUGAUCACUUCUUGGCCUCUGUUCAAGAGGGUGCUAGUUCCUCAGAAGAUCUCUACAGUCGACAGUGGUUCGGUGGAAGCAAUGUCGACGCUUCUAUGCCAAAUGGACAAGUAGGGUAUAACGAAAAUUGGCAUCGGGCUAACGAAACGCUCUCACGCCUUUGUCCCUAUCCAAUACCACCUGUCUACCAUCUCACCAUGCUUGUUCACAGAAAUGUUACUACAGCUACCGAUCCCGAUCAAAGUCUUCCCGGCUAUCGACCGAUUCUUUCAAGAUGUACUACCUAUGAACAGCAUGGUAACUUUCCACCUGUAGGCUCGAAUCCUAUAAGUUCGGAGGAUCGUAGGGGAGACUUCUAUGGAGAUGCAGCUGCAUUUGCGAAUGGAUUUAGCGAUGAUUUAAGUCAGGCCGAUUUUAGGCCUCUGAGGGGUGGUUUCUAUCCCACUGUCGCUGCUGAUGACGCCUACGUGUACGCUACUCAUAGUGGCAAGUCCUUGGCAGAGGCACCAAGUAUCUCCUGUUUAGAGCCCUCUAAGCUUCCCGCUGUCUUUGGAACUGAAUGGAAUGAUGAGCUGGCUGCACCACAGACGGCAUUCUAUGAAGAAAAGAUUCAAUGCGCGCAGUUGAAAGAAGCCUGUCGCGCUUGUCUAGUGAGAUGCGCAGAAGAGAUCAAGAGCAGUUCUCUCUCCUGUAAGCCAACCGCCGGACCAGCGGACAAUGGACGAUCUGAUCGUUUGGAAAUGUGCUUUGACUGUUGUGCAAAGGACAACUGCACUUAUAUUUGUGGAAAGUACUCGGCCCAUCGAUGUUUGAUGCGGUUGUGUAGUCGGGGAACAAGACUGGACUUUAAGCUUACCCCGGAAUGGCCAAAGGAAAAUCCUUUCAUUUGUCAUGUCCAGCCAUCUCCAAGCCGCCCCAUCUAUCGGCUUAGAUGGUCACUGCUGCAUAACGGACAUCCACCAACCAAACAAACCUUCUCCGCAAGUUUGUCCUUGAAUCAGCCAAUAAGUGGACCCCAAGGCGAGUCAAUGUGGAGCGGUGGUAGCCAGCCAGCUGCAACCUCAACAGAUAAUGUUGUGAAACGCCUACCUGAUGGGACAUUAAAUCAGCUCUUCCGAGGUCUUCUAAACGUAGACUACACUCUCGGUUUGUCGCACAUUCCGGAUAUCAUUAGUGGGUCAGCCAACACACAGGCAGCUUAUUACUGGAGCACUCAGACUAUUCCACUUCUACAAAACACAUUGACAAAUAACUAUGGAGGUGGUGCAAGAGGUGGCAGUAGUGGGUAUUCGGAUUCCUCUUCAAGUUAUCCCUUCCUUCCACCCUUUGGAGGGUCUUCAAAUGAUCCAGUUAAUGGUCCUAGCACACCUAGCCUUCUCGUAUGGCCUUCCAAGCCAUUUGAAGUGAACACAGAUCUCUGGAGAAGGUUGUCUGCUGCUCCGUGCGCGUCGGCGGAUCAUUUGGUUGAGAAGUUGAAUAUCUACACACCGGCUUUGGCACCGUAUAUUGGCAUGACGGAUGUUCAACUCAACUUUAGUCUCUCCAAAGAUUCCUCCUUCCUCGGAAGUAUCUUCGAACCCGCUUCAGUCGAGCGUGGACAUUCACUUCGAGCCAGUCUUGCCCUCGAUCUGAACUAUGGUCUCAACGAAGAUGUCUCUACUCCGAUUACACAGGUCCAUACUCAGCCCCAGUUGCAGCAACAACACAACAGUUUCUGGGUCAUUGACCUUGCAGGUCAAGUUUCCCACUUUCCUGGCCUAUUUCGGCUGAAAGUUUACCCUGAAGAAACCGGUGGAAGUGGUAGUAGUAAUGGUGGUUUUGGCUCUGAAAACGGUAUGGAAGAAAUUGAAGAAUUCGAGAAAUUGCCUGAUGGUGACCCACUCUUGGAUUACGAAGUUGGAGUCUUUGAAGAGAAUAAAUUUGAACUGAGAAUUCUCAUUCCAGCACCGAAUGAAGAGCCGGAUUAUGAGAAGUCAUUUAGGUUGAUUAUCCUGGAUGCUAAAAAUCGACUGGACAUUCGAGUUAGAAGGGCGAUUCAACCCCCUGCAGAAAUGCAACAGAGAAGAAUGUAUACUGUCUCCUCGAACAGUGUUUUGUCCUCAUUAGCGGCUCUCGUUCCAAGUUUAGCAGCUCGUCAACUCAGAGAAUCGUCAAGUCGCCUCACGAAGCGCGCCUUGUCACCCCCAUCUACUGCGCAAAGCUCCUCGUCGAUUAAUCGAAUUCUUCCAAUCGGACCUCCUGCCGAAGUUGUCUAUGUGCUGAUUCUAUUUCUUCUAUUUCUCUUCAUUAUUCAUGUCUUGGGUCACAUCACUCAACCUGACCCGUCACAUUACUGGAUUGGCUGUACGCCUGCUCAGACGUCUGAUCCAAAUGCUACGACAUCUGCGGCUAUUUUCACUUUCAGACCACCGGAUAAAGUUACACCAUUAACCUAUUGGAGACGGGUUUUUGUGUUGGUGAUCUAUCUUUGCCUCAAAUCGGCCUACACAUUCAGUGUCACUCUGACAGCUUUCAUUAUUGUCACUCGAUACUUUACUAGGUAA